CGUGGCGAUUUCUCAGCCGUUACUUUUCUCUAUCUAUUGACUUUUAAAUUCGAAAACAAAACCCCCGUUUUCAUUCUCAUUUCCCACCAACCACUGAUUCCCUUCUCUCGUCUCCCCUUCAUCGUCGGAAUCCGGUCCCCGUUCGCCGAGAUUCGUGUUUCCCCGUCGCCGGCGAGCAUCGGAAACGUUCCUAUCUCGCUAGGGUUUAGCGUGCUUGGUGCGAAUUGUCAUGGCUGCUGAAAUUCCUUUGGAAGCUGCGAUGAAGAAUCUGAAAAUAGAAUCAACUCCUAAAGCCAGCGAUUCCAAUUUGCAUGGUCCAAAAGAUGGAAAUCCAUCUGAUGCAGCAUCAGGUAUCUCUUUAGGAGAUGUCACAAACAGUUUGAAAAAAAGCGAAUUUGAUCAAGAGGCUGUCAUGGCUGGGCAGAACACCUUAUAUCCAAUGAAUGACUAUUAUGGCUACUAUUAUCCAGGUUAUUCAUUUCGAGAAUGGGAUAAUCAAAGUUACACUUUUGGGAGUCAAGGUUUUGAAGUUCCUCUUCAGGCUAUUGCAACAGAUAAUGGUUCUAUUGCUUAUUUUAUUCCUGGGGCACAACCUGGCUAUGUUCCCUAUCCUUUGGUGCCUGGAGCUAUGAUUAGUGUGGAUGGACAAUAUAUUAGUCAACAGCCAUAUUAUCCAACUCCAGUUUUCCCUCAGGCAUCUUCUCCAGAAUAUUUUCCUCAUUCAGUUGCAUAUGGGGCUGAACUGGUUCCUGCAUACUGGAAUCCAUCUCUAUUGACUGAUGGAUUUUCUGGGGCUGGAUUUGGAUUAGAUCCAGCAAUCUCUGCUCCCAUACUGAAUUUGCCUUCCCAAACUCAUACAUUCACUCCUGCAAAACCUUCAAUCUCUUCGAAGUCAACAAAUGCAACUAUAAAGGGAUCUCCACAAGCAUGGGGAGUUUUACCGCUUCCUGCUGUUCAUAAUCAAUCUCUCAAGCCUGUAAAUAAGGCUGCUUCUGUUCUAUCCCAAAGCUUUCUUCCUGUGAACAAGUUCUCCUCUUUUUCAAACCAUGGAAAAGGUGGCCUGUUGCAUGCUAAGGAAACUGGACGGAGUUUGGUUGGGACUGAAAAAUCCAAAGCAAAAACCAGAGUUAACACAACUGGUGACCUUGACAUGCUAAAUGAACAGAAUCGUGGUCCAAGAACAAAUGGCAUAAGGAGUAUCUUGAGCUCUGAUACUGAUCAAGUUGCACCACCAUUGGCUUCUGAGGGAAAUGAAAAAAUAAAUGCUUCAUUUCCUGUUGUUAUGGAUGAAUACAACCUUCCAGAUUUUGCUACUAACUAUGACCAUGCUUUAUUCUUUGUCAUUAAGUCAUAUAGUGAGGAUGAUAUUCACAAAAGCAUCAAAUACAAUGUCUGGGCAAGCACUCCAAAUGGUAAUAAGAGACUAGACAAUGCUUACCAAUCUGCACUGGAGAAAAUGGUGCAGAAGGGAACCAAGUGCCCUGUUUUCCUCUUUUUUUCUGUUAAUGCAAGUGGUCAGUUCUGUGGUGUAGCUGAAAUGAUUGGUCAAGUUGAUUACAGCAAGAACAUGGACUUUUGGCAACAAGAUAAGUGGAAUGGAUUUUUUCCAGUGAAGUGGCACAUCAUAAAAGACAUCCCAAAUCCACAUUUGCGGCAUAUUAUAUUAGAGAACAAUGAGGAUAAACCUGUUACUAAUAGCCGUGAUACUCAAGAAGUGAAAUUUACGCAGGGCACUGAGAUGUUGAAUAUUUUUAAGAAUUAUUGUUCCAAAACCUCAAUAUUAGAUGACUUUGAUUUCUAUGAAAAUCGGCAGAAAGUAAUGCAAGACAAGAAGAUCAGGCAACCAACAACCAAUGUGAAUCGUUCAUUGCCUGUUGAGACAAAGUUGAUUAAUGGCAUUACAUCUAAUCAAUUAACCCAGCUGAAGUAGUGAUGGAACUAGUGACUGAAAUUCGAGGGUUACUGAACUUUCAAAAAAUCGCCAUGGAUAUUUUGUUGCUGAAAUCAUUUCUGGAAAAA